CCGUUAUAGUAAAACGUUUAUUUUUAGGCUCGUUUCUUGCGGGGGUUGAAAUGUUCCGCCGGUUGCGUUCGAAUCGACCGCCGAAAUCGUAACCAAUAGAAUGCCGAGUUCCCCGUGACGUAGAGCGCGCGCUUAUCGAUCGAGCCUGUGCUUCGAGCGAUGCUUGGCCGCGUGAUCAGUCGUUCGUGAUCUCGAGGAGGCUGAUGUCGGGAGGAAAAGCAGCGAAAUUAUGCGCUCUUCGCGUUUCAGAAUAGGUUAGGUUUCUUUUGGCCGUCUACUUCGGAUUAUGGAGUUGAAGUCCAUCCCAGUGUUGCUGAUAACUGCUAAUGUCGGUUCGCUGUUCGAAGACCCGAAGGCGAUGCUCGACGUUUGGGUGGCGGAACUGCUCGCGACUGUGGGGCGUCUCGACGUCAAAUUCGUCGCUCUCCACUGCCAGGAAAUCGGCGGCAAGGAUUACCGCGAGAACAUGAAAUACGUUUCGGACUUCAUAAAGUUGUUACUCGCCAGCGAGGAACUCCGUCCUUUUGACAGGGCGAGGAUCUUCGUCGACGAGGAAUUCGAUGUGCCCCAGAACUUCACGAGCCUGGCCAGUUUCUACUUCGUCCACGAGUCCCUGGCGUCGGCGUCGCUGUUCGACUUCGACGCCGACGCUUUUACGCCCGUCACCGGCCGACACGUCCACACGGGCGACAUCGAGCUGGUGCCCACCAAGGAGAAGGCCAAGUUUCCCCGCCAUUUUUUCCCUGAGGGUAAAUGGUCUAGGAAAGGGUUUAUGCGCACCAGGUGGUCGCUGGACGGCACCUCCGUCGACCUGGUAAACCUGCACCUCUUCCACGACGCGUCCAACCUCGUUGCCAUGGAAACUCGCCCGUCGGCUUACGCCCGUAACCGCGAGAGGGCGCUACGGUACGUCGUAGAACGGUUCCGCUCCGAUAGCUACGAAGCCACGCCCUGCUUUCUAUUCGGAGACUUCAACUUCCGCGUCGAUACCCGAGGGGUCGUUCGGGAAUUGGAACAAGAGUCGACAACGACGCUCCGCCUGCAAAACAAUAAGAAAGUCGACUCCACGAGGCUGCAGGUCGUUAAGGACGACGGCGACGUAGCAUUAACCGUCGGCAAGAAGCAGUUCAAGAUGGCCGACGAGGAGCGCUGCGAUUGGUUGAAACCGUACGACCUCGAGACUCUAGCUUUCCAGGCGACACUCACCGAGUUCCCAGUGACUUUCAGUCCCUCUUACCCGUUCGAGGAAGACGUCUUCAAACCGAAAUCGUACAUGCCCACCCGUUGCCCGUCUUGGUGCGACCGGAUAUUACUCGGCCACUCGGCCAAAAAGCUAGUCGAUCCACAUGUCGAUGUCCGAUACGACAUGAUCGGUCAAGAAGUUUGCAUGGGAGACCACAAGCCUGUGUACGCGAAACUGGCGAUAAAGACUACCACAGAGGCGUCCGGCGACGAAUUCGGUGCCGUGGCCCCUGAAGAACCCUGCACAAACCCCCAAACACGCUGCAGCCGUUACGUCAGCUUUAAAGACGCCGAAGACGUGACUAAAGUGUUCCUGGAAUCUUCGCUGUGACUCGCACAACUUUUCGCGCGCCGCCACUGGUUGGUGCCGUAAAUCACCCGGACCCGAAUUGUCAAUAAAUGUUUUUUGUUUUGUCCGUUUACUUGAUUUAUACGGGCUUCGACCCCGCGGCGUUACGUCACCGGCCUUCGUUUUA